UUCACCUCAUUCACUGGUUCAGCAUCACAAAACCAGCAAUGAACUGGCAGUUUCUGGGCUAUUGGCAGUACUUUUCAGCACAAGCACCUCAUAUCAUGACCAUAAAGUCAUAUUUCUCUUUGCUCUAGGUAACACUGAUUUCACAAUGGGUUCCAUCAAUGCAGCAAAUGCAGAAUUUUGUUUUGAUGUAUUCAAAGAGGUGAAAUUUCACCGUCCCAACGACAACAUCUUUUAUUGCCCCCUGAGCAUGAUUGCAGCCUUGGCCAUGGUCUAUCUGGGAGCAAGAAAUAACACUGAGUAUCAGAUGGAGAAGGUUCUUCACUUUGACAAAAUUGCAGGACUUGGAAGUAUGCAGACCAAGGUACAGAAAUCUAAGUGUGGCAAGUCUGUCAAUAUCCACCUACUGUUUAAAGAAAUCCUCUCUGAUAUCACUGCACCCAAAGCCAAUUAUUCACUCCACAUUGCCAACAGACUUUAUGCUGAAAGGACGAGUCAAAUCCUACCGAUCUACUUAAAAUGUGUGAAGAAACUGUACAAAUCUGGUCUAGAAAUGGUCAACUUCAAAACAGCAUCUAAUCAAGCCAGACAGCGCAUUAAUUCCUGGGUGAAAAAUCAGACAAAUGGACAGAUCCAGGAUUUCCUUGAACCAAGCUCUGUUAAUCUCCACACUGCGCUGGUCCUUGUGAAUGCCAUUUACUUCAAAGGGAUAUGGAAAACUGCAUUUAAGGAAGAAGACACUCAAGAAGUGCACUUCAAUGUGACAGAGCAAGAGAGCAGACCCGUGCAAAUGAUGUGUCAGAACGGCACCUUCAAAGUGGCAAGAGUGGCUGAAGAGAAAAUUAAGAUCCUGGAGCUUCCAUAUGCCAGUGGAGAGCUGAGCCUGUUGGUGCUGCUGCCUGAUGACAUCUCUGGCCUGGAGCAGCUUGAGAACAAAAUCAGCUUUGAAAAACUUACAGAGUGGACCAGUUCCAAGGUGAUGGAAAAGAAGAGAGUGAAAGUGUACCUCCCACGCAUGAAGAUUGGGGAAAAAUAUAACCUCACAUCUGUCUUAACAUCCUUGGGUAUGACCGACCUGUUCAGCCCCUCGGCCAAUCUCUCUGGCAUCUCUUCAGCAGAGAGCCUGAGGAUAUCUGAGGCCAUCCAUGAAGCGUACAUGGAAGUCACUGAAGAGGGCACUGAAGAGGGCACUGAGGAGGCUGGGUCAGCAGAUGACACAGAAGACAUCCAACACUCUUCUGAGUUUGAAGAGUUUAGGGCUGACCACCCAUUCCUUUUCUUGAUCAAACACAAUCCGAGCAACAUGAUCCUCUUCUUCAGUAGAUAUUGUUCUCCGUAAAGAGAAAAGGGCUGGAAAUAAUGCUUGCCUACCCCCUUUAGUAUUCUAGUAUAAUCUCAUAUCCUCACUAUUUUCUCCAAGUGGAAAUGCUACUCUAAGUCAUGACCUUUCCUGAAGCUUCCAUAGCAAAGACGCACCUGAAGGUGAGGAAAUAGCAGUGUGUUUGAUCCUUUCCCUUCUCAGACUGGUUUCAGUGUUGAUUGAGCCCAGCAAAGACUGAGCCCACAGAGAAUAGAGGCACUCACAAGCCAGGCAGGGGUCAAAUGAAUGGGUUUCACUUGAAGAACUAGUUGCAGACAUGCCUCCAAGUCUUUGGUAUUCCAUUACAUGGAAAGCCAUGGGCUAUGCUCAACCCACUCCUUGGUUCUAUCCUGCUAGCAAACCCAUGUUGCUCCUGAAACACCAGCUUUUAGAUCCCCAAUCUGGAGGAGAUGCUUGUGGACAAGAUUCUGCUAUGCAGGGUAUUAUUUGGUGCCCACAUAAAUUUUUUUUUUACUUAACUGUUGGGAAAUGGUGCACAUAUCCACCAUCACCACAGCUGUCCUCUCACCUGAAUACUGAAUUUCUUUCAGUGGUUCUCCAAAGUCAUGGAGAGUUUCCCUUCCACUGCGGAAUGUGCAAGGACAUCUAACUUUCUCUAGGUGCAGUUGUGCCUUGUCACAGAGUAUAGAUUCAAAACCUGAAACAUGGAUAUCUGGGUGAUCCAGAUGAUCAAGACUCAGAACUGCCAGGCAAAAGAGUUGUCUGAAUUCUUGUUUAAAACACUGUAAGUCACUUCAAAUUUGAGAGCAUUUUGGUUUUUGUGAAAAAUCCUGUAAGUGGUGUUAAAGAAUCUGAUCUCCACGUGAGUUUUGUGAAAAAACACAGCUUUUGAAAUAAUUUCUGUCUCUGUUGAUCUUGCUUAGCAAGUAAAUUUCAAUUUGUUCCUGGAAAGCUCUCAGAUGUUAAAAACUCAAAUACAUUAUUAUUCCAUGAAUGUAGCUGGGCUUCUCUAUUCCCAUGAUAGUCAAGAAUACAUCUCCUGUUUUCAAGAAAUACAUGAGAAUUCUAAUAUUCUCUUUUUUUCCUCUGUGUCCACUAGCAUCUCCAAAUAUGGAUCUUUGGCACAAUAUUACGACCUGUUUUCAUUCUAAUCACAUAUUACUUAUUUUGAUGCAUAUAAUUGAUUUUUUUCUUAAAAUAAUAAAAGAAAGUUACAAAUGCUUGUCAUGAAAUUAUGUGAA